CCCACCUCGACAACCAAACAAAGAAUAUACCCAACCCCGAUUAAAAGCAAGAUCUCAACUCCCCCAGGCCCAACAUAGCUCAUUUCCUCCCCCACUUCGACGACCUCGAGCGCGAUCUCCGAUCCUCAAGCAAACCACCCACCCACCACGUGACCCCCCAAUGCGGAGCGCCCCGGACUCCGCUCUGCGCAGCCUCUCGACCGUCGGCCCCAUUCCAGCAUCACCGUCCCGUCUCCGAUCGGAGCUGUUGAUUUUCGAUCCUACUCUCUUCCUCUCAGCUCUCUUCCCCUCGUUUACCUAUUUCCUGGAUUCCUGGAAUCCCACCGGUCGCGCGCUUCCCGGUGGUUGCUGUGAAUCAUGGCUACGACUAAUGGCGCCAGAGGUUCUUCUGUCGCAUCCACGACAGGUAGUCUAGUCGAUGCCUCUGGAUACAAGUACGCCGAGAAAGAUACCAAGCCCGGGAAGAUUAAAUUGAAGAAGGCGGCGAAACCGAAGAAGAAACCUGAUGCUCCCGACUCACCACCCGGAUCUUCGCCCAUUCUGCCCGAAAUCGAUGAGAAGACGAUGGCGGCCUUUCCGACGGGGAAACCGCGCGAAGAAGAUCAUCUCGAGACUGUCAUUUGCAAGACGUGUAAGAGGCCCGUGUUGAAACAGAAUGCUGUGGAGCAUAUUCGGGGGUGUAUUCGGGCGAAGCAGGAGAAGGCGAGGAGGAAGAAGGAGGCUAGGGAUGCAGCGAAUCGGGCCAAGGAGAAGGGGGAUAAGGAUGGGGAUGAGGAGGGGGUGAGUGUUCCUGGUUCUGGCUCCGGAGGAACCGGGGCCGGGGGGGAGAAGGAGAAGGAGAAGGAGAAGGGUGAAGGGGGUGCUGGGGAGGAGUCGGUCAAGGCGCAGAAGAGUGCGAAGAAGUCGGCUGUGAAGGGUAUGGCGGAGGAUGGGACGAAGAAGGGGAAGAAGCGCAAGACGGAAGCCGGGGAGGAUGACAAGGAUAAGGAGCCUAAGAAGAAGAAAAAGAAGGAGGAGCCGAAACCUAAAGCGCCGAAACCGAAGGGCCCCGUGGAUGUUGAGAAGCAGUGUGGUGUUACUUUGCCGAAUGGUGCGCAGUGCGCGAGAUCGUUGACUUGUAAGAGUCAUUCGAUGGGCGCGAAGAGAGCUGUUCCUGGCCGUUCUUUGCCGUAUGAUAUGCUGUUGCAGGCGUAUCAGAAGAAGAAUCAGGCGAGACAGCAGAAGGCUGCUAUCGAUGCCAAUGCUCCUUUACAGGAUGAUCUGGAUAAUAAUGGGCCGGUCGACUCGGAUGAAGAGAAAGAUGCUGUCAUGGCGGCGAUUUCCCGCUCCCAUCCGCAGCCCUUGGUCACUCAUACGCUCAUCUCGACGAAGAAGAAGUAUCAGUAUGUGCGGAUCAAAGAAAUGUUGUCUCAUGCCUUGGGCGGCUCCCGGGGUGGUGGCCUCUUUUCGACGGGUGAUAGUGUCGCCUCCCCAUUUACGGAUGGUAACCUGUUCACGCCGGUGGAGGAGGUGACGACCUCGCCCAUCCCUGCGACUGUGCCUGCACCGACAGCUGCGUCGGACAACGCGACAGACGCUGGUGGAAAGACGCCGGCACAAGCUCCUAAGAAGCUACCCGUAGCGGCCAGCUCAUCUCCGAACCUCCGCAGAUGGAGUCAAAGCUACCUUCUUGCCUCAAUGCGCCUGCUCUCACUUUCUCGACCCAACCUCCCCGUCCACUCACCACCACCACGCCCCCUGUAUGCCUCUUCUCAAAUCCGACUACUGCGAAACACAUUUACCCCGGCGCCUGCGGGCGAGAGCUCUUACCCUCACCCCGACCACCACCACUACUCCUGGCUAUCCCUCAGCUCAUUCACUCCUCGCACCCCUCUCCAACCACCCCCCUUUCUCACCAUGGGCAACUCCGUCCCCGACCUCGACGCCGUCGGCAUCAAAGCCGAACCCGAACUCGCAGACCAAUUCCGCCGCGAAGUGGCCACCCUCCUCGGUCGCAACAACCUCAACUUCCCCGGCGCGCAACCGGUCAGUUUUUCGACGCGGCAUCUGACCGAGCUCCAAAAAGAAGACUACUACGUGUGCGAAAAGACGGACGGCAUUCGAUGUCUGAUGUACUUUGCCCGGGGAGACCCGGAGUCUGACAUGCCGGAAAUUCACUACCUGAUCGACCGCAAAAACGAGUACCGCUACGUGCCGGGCCUGCACUUCCCCUUGCCCGACGAUGAUACGUUUCAGAGCUUCCAUGUCGAUACGCUGGUGGAUGGCGAGCUGGUAAAUGAUACCUACGAGGACGGAUCCCAGCAACUCAAGUUCCUGGUGUUCGAUUGUUUGGUGCUUGAUGGGCAGAGUCUGAUGCAUCGGACGCUGGAUAAACGGCUGGCGUAUUUUAAGGAGAAGGUGUUGAAGCCGUAUAAUGCGCUGUAUGAGCGGUUUCCGGGGGAAAAGGAACAUCGGGCCUUUGCGGUUGAGGAUAAGUCGACGCAGUUUAGUUAUGGGAUUGAGAUGAUGUUUCGGGAUAUUAUCCCUAAGGUGAAGAAGAUUCAUGGCAACGACGGUCUGAUCUUUACCUGUCGGAGUACCCCGUAUCGCAUUGGGACGGACGAGCAUAUCCUGAAGUGGAAGCCGCCGUCGGAGAAUACGAUCGAUUUUCGCAUGCGCUUGGAGUUCCCGCUGCUGGAACCGGAUACCGAUGAUGAGGCGGAGGGGGUGACGGAGCCAUACCUGGACUACGAGGCCGUCCCGAUCUUUCAUCUGUAUGUGAUGCUCAAUUCCAACGAGUAUCAGCCGUUCGGGGAGAUGUAUGUCAGCCCGGCCGAGUGGGAGGACAUGAAGGCGCUACAGCAGCCGUUGGACGAUGCGAUUGUCGAGUGCGCCAAGGAUGACCAGGGCCGGUGGCGGUUCCAUCGGCUUCGAGAUGAUAAAGCGGAUGCGAACCAUAUCUCGACGGUGGAGAAGGUGCUGGAGAGUAUCCAGGACCGGGUGACGGAGGAGGACCUCAUCCGGGCCGCACCGGCGAUCAAGACGGCGUGGAAGAAGCGACAGGCGCUGAUGGCGGAGCGGAACAGACAAGGGGGAGCGGCGAAUGGAAGUAAUGGGGUGAAGCGGAAGUUUGAAGAGUAGCGGCUGGGGGGGAUGCUUUGACUGAUUCGGUUUGCGAGGCGUUUGGCGUUGGUGGUCGAAGAGGAUUUCAUCGGCAUGUGCCGGUGAUGUAUAGAUAGGGAGAGCAGGGCAGGGGGUUCUGGC